UCAAAAGGUGACUCCUUUAUUAAUCAGCAGAGAGGAAUUCGUCUUUUAAUUCCAGUGCACACUUUGCACAUCAGCAGCCGUAUCGUUGAAGCCAGCCAGCAUAGUGUAGAACACAGUUCCCUCUCUCUCAAUUACUAUCGUGUGUUUGCUACUCAUUAGUCGUCACUCUACAGUUAGCAUCAGCCUACGCAGGCACAACGGCACGAAGGAUGGCAGAAAGUAAAGAUUCCAUACCUUCUGAUAACGCGUCGAAAAAUGCGUGUUUGCGUCAAUUGGAGCACAGCAGCCAACCGUUACGUGUUUGUCAAUAUCCAAGAUUAUCAUCCGUUACUCACGGACCGGGUUACUCGAGCCCAUGGGCGGCGAUGUGUCAGGGACCGCGCGAGACGCUUCUGUACGUCGUCGGCAUACACACGGAUCCUGAGAAGCCCGAUGUCCUCUGCACGGUGGACGUGGAUCCGAUGAGCCCCACGUACUGUCAGAUAAUACACAAAUUGAGAAUGCGGGAAGCCGGUGAUGAGUUACAUCAUUCCGGCUGGAAUAUCUGCAGCAGCUGCUUCGAGUCAUCGGGCAAACGCGAUACCCUCGUGCUACCCUGUCUUAUGUCAGACCGAGUGUAUCUCGUUGAUACGAGCGACGAAAGAGCGCCGAAGAUUAAGAAGGUCCUGGAACCGGAAGAGAUGCACAAGUACGGAAUAUCUACACCGCAUACCACGCAUUGCUUACCAACCGGCGAGAUAUUAAUCUCAACUAUGGGAAAUCUCGAUGGCAAUGGAUUGGGUGAAUUCUUCCUGAUUGAUGCGGAGAGUCUGGAGGCGAAGGGCACGUGGACCAAGGGUCAGGAUAAAGCGGCUUUUGGAUAUGAUUUUUGGUAUCAGCCGUAUCACGAUACGCUCAUCGCAUCCGAAUGGGGCGCGCCUAGAGUCUUUAAGAAAGGAUUCCAUCCGAAGGACGUUUACGAUACCAAGGUUUACGGCAGAAGCUUAAACGUGUACUCGUGGAACGAACGAAAGUUAAAGCAGACCAUCAAUCUGGGAGAGGAUGGAAUCGCGCCCCUUGAGAUCAGAUUCCUCCACGAUCCUUUGGCAGCCGAAGGAUUCGUAGGCUGUGCGGUAUCGUCUAAUAUUUACCGAUUUUACAAGGCAGAGGAUGACACGUGGAAGGCUGAGAAGGUGAUCCAGGUGUCGCCGAAGAAGGUCGAAGGAUGGGUCACGCCUUUGAUGUCAGGCAUGAUCACCGAUAUCGUGCUGAGUCUCGACGACAAGUAUUUGUAUCUGUCUAACUGGCUGCACGGUGACGUUCGGCAGUACGACAUCACGGAUACGAGGAAACCGCGAUUGACUGGUCAAGUUUUUCUAGGCGGAUCGAUACUGAGCGAUUCAAAGGUACGCGUGACAGAGAACGAGGAGAAGAGCGGUCAGCCCGAUCCUGUUUACGUAAAAGGACGUAGGUUGUACGGCGCGCCGCAAAUGCUGCAAUUAAGUUUGGACGGGCGUCGUUUAUACGUGACUACGUCGAUCUUCAAGCCGUGGGACAGGCAAUUCUAUCCCGAUCUUGUCAAAUAUGGAUCGACAAUGGUGAAGCUCGAUAUUGACGUCGAGAAUGGCGGCAUGAAGCUCGACCAGCAAUUCCUCGUUGAUUUCGGCACCGAUAAGAACGAUAUUCUGCUGGCGCACGAGAUGCGAUAUCCUGGCGGAGAUUGCACUUCCGAUAUUUGGCUGCCACCAAAAGAUACCAAUUCUGAUUAAGCUGGAUAAAAAUAUGUCGGAGACAUCUUAAUAUUUGCAAUAUUGCAUUUUGUAUCGUAGUUAAGUCUUUUUUAAAAAUAAAGUUUCUUUUGAUUUUUCAUACUCACGAAGUUAUUCACGACUGCUAUCUUCGUUAGAUAUAACGAGGUGAUUAGAUAAGAGAUAAAACAAUAAAAAGUACUCGUUUGUUUUCAUAUUUACUUGAGGUUCCUUUUAUUAGUUUCAGCAUUGCAUCAAGUAAAAUAGCAGUUUUUGUAUUACACAUUGAAUUUACACGAUGUUACGUGUGGCGCGAUCAAUUUUGUCCUUGUUUUUCAUCCGAAUUUACAUAACGCCAAUCUCGUAGUCAUUGUGUAAAGUUUGUCGAAAAGUUCUACGCUGCAAAGUAAAUAAAAAAUUAUAUGGAAAUGUAGAGCUGCGUACACACAAUUUUACUAUGUCUCCGUACGGGAUCACAUCGGCCGAUUUCAUUUUUAAGUUUUGCAAUAAGAUAUCGCCUGCAUAUACAAUAAAUUCCAUAAAAUUGAAAUUGCAACGAUUAUCAAAGUUGGCAAUAAAGAUAUUGGAACGAAAUGAGUUUCAUUAUCAUCUCUGCAAUGCGUGAAAAAGUACUUAUCGCGAUAGCAUUAUUUAAGUAUUAAAAAAAAAAAAAAAAAAAACCGACUCGG